UUUCUUUUCCUGCCCCACGAGGAUACCCGAGCAAAAUGGCGCCACGAUAUCAAAUGGCUGUUGGCCUCAGCAAAGGUCAUAAAGUCACCAAGAACACAAGAAAGCCAAAGCCCAGUUCCCGUAAAGGGAAAAUCACCAAACACAACAAGUUUGUGAGAGACAUUGUCCGUGAGGUUAUGGGCUUUGCUCCUUAUGAGAAGCGUACUAUUGAAUUACUGAAGGUGUCGAAGGAUAAGAGGGCCUUAAAGUUCCUAAAGAAACGGUUGGGCACACACAUUCGUGCAAAGAGGAAGCGUGAGGAAAUGCAGCGUGUAAUGGGCCAACAAAGGAAGGCUACUGCAGCUGCCGCUGCUGCUGCAGCUGCUGCCGCUGCUGCUGCUGCCGCUGCAGCCCACAAGUAAAUUGCUAUUUAAUAAAUUUUAAAAAUA